UGUUCUCGGAUUUUUACUUGUUUUUACAAUAGGUAUCCAAUUGUAUGUUAACUUUUUCUACAGAAGUGUUCAAUAUACCGCUCAUUAUUUUAACAUUAAAAAAGUGACAGGAAUACAUAACGAUAUCGACCGUUUGAAGAACAAGGAUGAUGUUAGAAAAGACUCGAACAUUCAUAUAAGGGCAAAUGAAUUUAUGAAUCGGUUGAACUCGCAGAAUGCUAUUGACUCCGAGAACUUAUCAUGGCUUACUGGUAAUAUUGAAACGAAGGUUAACGCGCAAAUACAGCCCUUACCCAAUGUUUCAAGGAAUGGUGGUUUCGAGGAUAACGAUUGUUUACAAGUAUAUGUAUUUUUCCAUUCUCAUAACGAUGCAGGCUACGUAAAAACAUAUCGCGAAUACUAUAAUGAGUUUACAAGACACAUUUUGGAUCUACUGACGAAGAAAAUGAACGAGUUCAGAGAUGCUACAUUUGUCUGGACUGAAAUUUGUUUUCUACAAGAAUGGUGGGAGGACCAAACGGCAGCCACUCGUGAGCUUCUGAAACAGCUGGUGAAAGAGGGCCGACUUGAGAUAUCCCCCGGGGGUUGGGUGGUAGCAGAUGAGGCGUCUGUCCCUUACACUGCCUACCUUGACCAACUGUCCGAAGGCCGGAAUUGGGUCAAGCGUAACAUUGGAACAUUGUCAGAUAUUUCUUUAGGCCUGGAUCAGUUCACCUUGUCUCCUGGUGCCGCCUAUAUGCAACACCACUAUGGGAUUCGAAAUGCUGUGUUAAAGCGGUUACAUCAUGGAAUCAAGGCGUUUAUGAUGACAAACCGGUUAAUGAACUUCUGGUGGCGACAGGAAUGGGAUAAAAGCGGUGAACACGAUACUUUCGUGCAGGUCGAGCCAUAUGAAUGGCUUAGUUUUCCAGAUAGCUGCGGCCCAGACCGAAAUGUAUGUUCUGACCUUGAUCUUACAAAUCAUGCGCGAUUACCCGAUCUGAACACACCAGAGAUCAAUAAAACGAUUCAUUUACGAUACCAUAAGUACAAUAACCUUGAUGAUUUUGCAACAAAACUAGUAAAGGCGCUGCAUCAAAAGAGUGAAGGCUAUCAGCACAAACAGAUUCUUCUGCCUUUGGGAGAUGACUUCAGAUACAACACUGAAGCCGACUGGAAUCAACAGUACCGAAACACGCAAAUACUCAUGAGGUAUAUCAAUUCACAAAGCAAAUUUAAAACGAACAUCACAUUUGGUACGCUGCAGAAAUUCUUCGAUGACAUGAAAACAAACAAAGCCAACACCAAUUUACACUAUCCAAUUAUUACUGGAGAUUUUAUGCCUCUAAAAGUCAAAUCUUCGCCUUUCUACUGGAGCGGUUCUUUCACCACAAGACCCUUUCUAAAAAGACUUGGCCGAGAGAUACAAAUGACGCAGAAGUAA